AACGAGAAAUACGAACCAAUGUUACGGCCCUUUUAAUAGUUUUACGGUAGGACAUUACGACAAUUGCUGAUAGGCGCCGAAUUUGUAAAAUUACGGGCUAGCGUCAGGCUAGCCAAAUAAACGUCAUAUCACAACUUGCCAUUCACGUUUGUAGUCUGUAAGUAGUACAUCAAGUAAAGUACGAAUAUUUGAAACGGAUGAUUUUGUUUCCUAACGUGGUAGCCAGAUAGCUGGCUAACCACAAUUAGCUAAAGUUAGCUAACGUUAGCUCACUACUGGAGCUAACGUUAGAGCUUUUGGACACAAGGUAACUUAGCUUGUUAGCCACACACGUUUGUAAUAUACAUGUUAGGCAUUUUUAUGCGAUUUUUAAGGACAUUGUAAUUGCCUUUAAGAAUGUAACUACUUGCACUGUCAGCAAGUAGAGUAUGAUAAUUAAUGUUAUCAAUAGAUCACUGCUCCAAGUGAGAAGACUGUUAGUGCAGAGACGAUUUUGUCAGCAAGGGUCAGAAAACAUGAUCAGACGAACUCAGAUUAAGAAAGUUCUGUGCGUUGCUGAGAAGAACGAUGCAGCCAAGGGGAUAUCUGAGAUUAUGUCAAAUGGAAGGGCAAGAAGGAAAGAAGGAUUAUCCGUGUACAACAAGUUGUAUGAGUAUGAGUAUAACUUGUUCGGACAGAAUGUCUCUGUGACCAUGACCUCAGUGUCUGGACAUCUCUUAGGUUUGGAAUUCAAAACUCCUUUUCAAAAAUGGCACAGUUGUAAUCCAGUUUUAUUGUUUGAAGCAGAGGUUGAAAAGUAUUGCCCAGAAAACUUCAUACAAAUAAAGAGGACUCUAGAGAGAGAGGUUCGACAAUGCCAGGCCCUAAUGAUAUGGACAGAUUGUGACAGAGAGGGAGAAAACAUUGGCUUUGAGGUCAUUGAUGUUUGCAAAGCAGUCAAGCCAAACAUCCAAGUGUUUCGAGCCCAUUUUUCUGAAAUCACACCAAACUCUAUCAGGAGAGCAUGUGAGACACUGACAGAGCCAAAUGUCAACAUCAGUGAUGCAGUGGAUGUCAGACAAGAGCUAGAUUUGCGAAUUGGAGCAGCAUUUACGAGGUUUCAGACUAUGCGCUUACAGAAGAUCUUCCCAGAAUCUCUGGCCAAUCAGCUCAUAAGCUAUGGAAGCUGCCAGUUUCCUACACUGGGAUUUGUGGUGGAGCGGUUCAAAUCUAUCCAAGCUUUCAUCCCUGAGACCUUCUUUAAGAUCAAAGUUCUCCAUGAACCAAAUGAGGAGGAAAUGGUAGAAUUUGUUUGGAAAAGGCAUCGUCUCUUCAGCCAUACUGCCUGCCUUGUACUCUAUCAGAUUUGCAUGGAGGAUCCCACUGCCACUGUGGUUGCUGUCACAAGUAAACCCAAAAGUAAAUGGAGACCACAGCCUCUUGACACUGUUGAACUCGAGAAAGCGGCCUCACGCAAAUUGAGGAUCAAUGCGAAAGAAACCAUGAAAAUAGCGGAAAAACUUUACACUCAAGGGCUUAUCAGCUAUCCCCGCACUGAGACCAACAUCUUCCCAAAAGACCUCAACUUGACCUCCCUGGUACAGCAACAGACUCAGGACAAUGAGUGGGGGGCAUUUGCACAGGGCAUUCUGGAUAGGGGUGGGCCCACUCCUCGAAAUGGAAACAAAUCUGAUCAAGCCCAUCCCCCCAUUCACCCCACCAAAUACACCAACAGCCUGCAGGGCAACGAAAAACGUCUGUAUGAGUUCAUAGUCCGCCAUUUCCUGGCUUGUUGCUCCCAGGAUGCCCAGGGACAGGAAACCACAGUUGAUAUUGAUAUAGCUGAGGAGAAAUUCUCUGCAAGUGGCCUUAUGAUCAUCGCCCGGAACUAUCUGGAUGUUUACCCCUAUGAUAAAUGGUACACAAAGAUAAUUCCAGUCUAUGAACAGGGGUCUCAGUUUCAGCCAUCGGCCAUAGAGAUGGUUGAUGGACAGACGAGCCCACCACAACUGCUGACAGAAGCUGACCUCAUUUCCCUCAUGGAAAAACAUGGCAUUGGCACCGAUGCCACACAUGCUGAUCACAUCGAGACCAUUAAAAGCCGAAUGUAUGUUGGACUGACUGCAGACCAAAGGUUUCUCCCAGGGGAGCUUGGCAUGGGCCUGGUGGAAGGUUACAACUCCAUGGGCUAUGAGAUGUCCAAGCCGGACUUGAGAGCAGAGCUGGAAGCGGACCUUAAACUGGUCUCUGAGGGAAGGAAAGAUAAAGCCUCUGUCCUGCGACAUCAUGUGGCCAAAUACAAGGCUGUGUUCAUCGAAUCUGUACAGAAGGCAAAGAAGUUGGAUGAGGCUCUGUCAAGUUACCUAGGCCAGGCACAGGAGUACACAGAGCAAGAGCAGGAGAUAGAGCUGCCCAUGCCUGUGCGGAAGUGUCCCAGCUGCAAUCGAGACAUGGUCCUGAAACAGAAGAAGGACAGCACCACGAAAUUUCUGUCAUGUACAGGAUACCCCGCCUGCAAGUCAGCCGUGUGGUUCCCAGACUCUGUGCUGGAGGUCAGAAGAGACGACAGCAUCUGUCCAACUUGCCGACCUCAUCCUGUGCACAUGUUGAAGUUGAAAUUCAAGAGGGGAAGCCUUCCUCCCAUGAUGCCCUUAGAAUUUGUGGGUUGCAUCGGUGGAUGUGAUGAGACUUUGAGAGAGGUGCUGAAUCUGAAGUACCUGAGGCCAGGAGGAGGAGGAGGAGGAGGACAAGCCAGUCAAUCCAGUUUCAGUGCCACCCCACGUCAGCAGUCUCAGCCCAGAGCCAACCCAGGUCCAAGGCCCAGGGCUGACAGCAGUAGACCUCCCGCCCCAAGGCCUCGGGCUGAGAGUGGCAGGCCGUCUGCUCCACCUCCCCCUGCACCUGUCUGGUCGAGCCAGCCACCUGCCGCUGUCCAAAACAACGCCACGGUGUGCAACUGUGGUCAGGAUGCCCUUCUCCUCACCGUGCGCAAGGAAGGUCCCAAUCAGGGUCGGCAGUUCUACAAGUGCAACUCGGGCAACUGUAAUUUCUUCCUGUGGGCAGACCAGCCGAAUGACCAGGGGCUAGGGCAGACCACAGGGAGAAACCAGCCUCCUCGACCAACCCCUCAGCCUCCCAGGCCAUCUCUUGGGUUUGGCAACACAAACCAAGGGUUCAUGAACGGAGGGUCUGGUGGUGGAAACGGAGACGAGACCAUGUGUAACUGUAAUGAAGCGGCCGUUACCAGAACAGUGAUGAAGGAUGGGCCCAAUAAAGGGCGCAUGUUUCACACCUGUGGGAAACCGCGCGAGCAGCAGUGUGGCUUCUUCCAGUGGGCUGACGAGAACGUCCCACCAUCAGUCUCAAGAGGAUUCAACAAUGGAGAAACAGAAAGAAGGGGAAGAAAGACAGGACCUCAUUCGACAAAAGCCCCGGGGGCUAAGAGACCCAGGACUUGUGGGAUAUGCCAUCAGCCUGGACACACACGGACAACAUGCCCCCAGGGCAAUUAAGCAGGACUGUCCAAAACAUGAUUUAAUGUAAAAAAACAAAUAUUGGACAUAGAAUUUAAAUGAAGUUUAUAGUUGGCUUUGCAUCUCUAUGCCAUUGAAAUUUGAUUUCCUUUCUUAAAUUAAGCUGUAUUUUACAUAACUAUUUCUGUUGAAUUGGUAAAUAAAUGUAAAUAAAUCUG